AUGAUGCACGCGACGUCCGAAUCAGACAUGACGAGCGUCCGGCCGUCGUCGGCGUCUCCAAGGGGCUACUACGUGCAGAGCCCCUCGCGAGACUCCCACGACGACAUUGACAAGUGCUCCUCUUCCAACGACCGUAGCACGCUGGACUCGCCCACCGCUCCAAGGCAUUCUCUCACCUCCUCCUCCUCCACCACCGCCGCCAGCCGCCGCAGGUGGAACAAGCACUAUUGCAACGUGGUGUCGGAGGAGGGCGCCUUUCAUGACGAUUACUAUGGGGAGAAGGCCUAUGCCAGGCAGUGCAAUUGCCUCAUUCUUGGCUUCUCAUUUCUCCUAUUCUUUUCAGUGAUUUGGUUGAGUUUUUUUGGGGUUACCAGGAAUUAUAAAUCUCAAGUCACCAUCAAGAGCUUAAAGAUUACAAAAUUUUAUUUUGGAGAAGGGUCAGACCACACUGGUGUUCCAACAACGCUGAUCACAAUCAACUGUUCAGCUAAUUUGGUGAUUUACAAUCCUGCCACAUUUUUUGGAAUUGAUGUCGCUUCUUCCCACACUGCUCGUCUCAAAUUCUUAGAUGUCACCGUUGCAACUGGCCAGCUGAAGAAAUACUACCAGCCAAGAAAGAGCACAAGGAUGAUGCGAGUGGAGCUGGUGGGGAGAGAUGUUCCUCUGUACGGGGCGGGCACGGUGCUGGCCGACUCCAACAAGGAAGCCGGAAUUCGGUUUAAGCUCGAGUUCAGUAUUCAGUCCAAGGGGCGCCAUCUUGGCAAGUUGGUCAAGACUUUGCACACAACUCAUUGUUCAUGUUCCCCACUUAUCACUUCUAAGCUCCUCACCAAACAGAUCUUAUUUUCCCACGGCGCUUGCAAAUACUUGUAACAACA